CUUUUUUUGUAUUACAGUAACAGUCUAUGGUAAUUUAGUGUUGUUUGAGGUUAUGUUCUAGCAAAGCUAGAAUAUAGAAAUGAUUUAGCGAUUAUAAACGUAAAAACUAUUCUUAUCAUUUUGAAAUAGUAGGACUAGCUAAGAUGGAAUUUGAAAGUCCUGAUGUUGAAAAAGAUUUUCCUGGCUUAUAUGCUUCAGAAUCUGGAAAGAAGAGCAAUGAAAGUGAUUUUAGUGAUGAAGCACAUGAACGGGUAUCCAAAAAAGAUCUUCUAAUUGGAAAACGUAAAGACAAGAAAGAUACGAAAAAAGAUCUCCGCUAUGCUACCCUCGAAGGGGAGAGUUCUCCUGAAGAAGACACAGAUGUCAAGAGUCCAUCAAAAGUCAAGAAGUCUAAACCAUUUAAGUUUCCCACAACCAAAAAGGAGAAAAGAGAAAAGUCAAGAGAGAAGGAUGGGAAAGAGAAGGAAACUGACAAGGAUAAGGAUAAGAAGAAAGAUAGUGAUAAGGAUAAAGAGAAGAAGAAAGAGGGCAAAGUGAAGAUCAAACUGAAAGAGAAGAAAAAACUAAAACAUGGAGAGGAAAGCGUGGAGAUAGCAGAGGAGCAGCCAAUAUUUGGAGUGCCCUUAUCAGUGGCUACAGAACGCAACAAGUGCCAUGAUGGCGUGGACAUCCCCCUAAUAGUUCGAGAGUGUAUUGACCAUAUACAGGAGGCUGGUUUAAACCAUGAAGGGUUGUACAAAGUUAGUGGCAAGUCCAAGGCCCAGAGCUUACGUCGACUCUAUAACCAGAGAGAACCGGUGAAUCUCACAGAGUAUGACCUGCCAGUCACAACUAGUUUGCUAAAAUUGUUCCUAAGAGAACUGCCAGAGCCAGUGAUGACAACGGAGCUGUUGCCCAAGUUCGAGGAGGCAGCUGCAGUGAAGGACGUGAGCGUCAGAGCCGUGGAGCUCCGGGCCUUGGUGGAUAAACUGCCUCAGUGUAACUGUCAACUGCUGGGCUGGCUCAUCAGGCACUUUGAGGCUGUAGUCGCCCAUGAGAAGACCAACAAGAUGAACGCCCAAAGUCUAGCCACCACCAUGUCUUCUGUGCUACAAGCAAGUCAGAAGCUUAUAUCUGCUCUCCUCUGCCAUUGUGACUCCCUGUUCCCUGACUGCAAGCUCACCAAGUAUAUUCCCCCUCUGAGUUGUGGGAGUCCAUCUCUUCCUGAGACCAAAGAGGGGAUCACAGAAGAACUACGCAAACAAGAGUCUCUGCUGGGUCAGCUGCACAGUGAGAUGCAUGCCGGCAUCUGCUCCAAGAACAGGGAGGAACAGCUGUGGGAGGUGCAACGAAUCAUCACUCAGCUUAAGAGGAGGCUGCGAGGUCUGGAGCGGGCUGCAGAGUCAACUCAGCGUAGUAUAGAGGAACCGGACUGUGGGCGAGAGGAGGAAUUGAACCUAAGUCUGCAGCAUCAGUCACAGCCACAGCCGCAGUCACCGACACAGCUGGUUGUUGAGGCUGUUGUGGAGAAACCAAACUUGGCUGCUUGCAGUGCUGACUCUUUAGAAAUUCAAGCAGCAGAAAAAUCCUGGUUGGCUAAAAAAAGAAGAAUUGGCUUUGACUUUUGAAACGGAAGAACUUACGAACUUGGCUAAAACAUUGCAAGUGCUAGUAGAGAAUGAAAAAGCCGAAGUGGCACUCCUAAAAUCUCAGAUCAGGGCUCUUGGAGGAAAUCCUAUAUACAGCGGAUUCACAUCGGACAAUGCUGCAGACAACAAUGCCAGCGAAGGAAUGAUAAGUGCUUUUAAAGAAACUGCAAUACUCCAGAAUCACAAGCAAGCAUUGAUCAGCUCCUUACUAGAAGAGCGCCUGGCGUGUGUGGACCUGCGUGUUCAGAUCAAGUUAGCACAGGCAGCUAAAGGUUGAGUUUGUUGUCUCCACAACUUGGACCUCCCCUGCCCCUCUAUGCUCUCUACAUGUAAUCAUUCAGUAGAUUGCUGUUUUGUUAAACAAUAUUUUAUCAAGUGUAUGAUCUGUUACCUUUUGUUAGGGAAAGCAAAAUGUUUGUAUUUCACUUAUAAACAACAUAACUAAUGUAAAUCAAUGUUAGUUAUUUUCAAAAUGAUGUAAUUAUUACUUUCAUUGUGUAGUUAAGGUAGUUGUACAAAUUUAAAAGAGUAAGAUACUCUUAAUAAUUCCACCAUGUCGUAAGUGAGAUUUUAGAAAGUAAUAAAUGAUUACUAAAUGA